AUGGACGUGGAGAGGAAAAAGUCCGGCAUUGAAGGCGCCGGCCGAGGUCUAUUCGCAAAGAAAGACUUCCAGCCUGGCGAUGUGAUCCUCACGUUGGAUCGACCUUAUGUCGCUGAGCUUGAUGUCCCUCGUCUGCAAGAUACCUGUGCCUGGUGCUUCCAACGUGGCGCAACAGACGACCACGAACGCUCCAAGCAAGCAGCGCUAGGGUUCUUCACAGGCGGCGGCAUCGAGACCAAAGCCUGCACGGGCUGCAAGCGAGUUCGAUACUGCUCUAAGACGUGCCAGAGCAAAGCUUGGAAACGAGAGCACAAGCAUGAAUGCAAAGUCAUAGCUCCCGAGACGCGACCGGAUCUUCCCCAUGGCGUGCGAGCGGUCAUCAAGUUGUUGGGGAGAUUGAAGAAUGACACUGCGGGCAAGGAUGAAUUGCUGCUUGAUAUCCUGCAGUUUUCACCUGCUGGAGGGAAUGGCAAUGGUGCCGCACUCGAGCAAAUCAAGAACGAGAAUACUCAACGCUUCGAAGACUUCUCGAUGCUGGCUUAUGGCGCGUGGAAGUAUUCUGGCGAGCCCAACAUUGGCGAUAUGGAUUCAGAGAUGAUUGCCAAAGCCUUCUUCUACAAUGUCAUGAGCAACACCAUCCAGUUGAGCAACCCGCUUGACGACAUGUCACUGGGUAUUGGGUUCGAUCCGAUACUGUGCAGUUCUAAUCACUCGUGUGAUCCCAAUUCGGUGGUCGUGUUCAACCAGCCCAAGCUGGUUCUGCGAGCCAUCAAGCCGAUCAAGACAGGCGAGGAGAUCUUCAUGAAAUAUGUCGAUGUCACGAAUCCGUUCAGCGUCCGCCAGGCCGAGCUCAGAGACUCAUAUUUCUUCCGCUGUCAAUGCGCCAAAUGCAAGAAAGGCGCCGCCUUCGCCGAAGACAAGUUCUUAAAAGCACCAGAAGAGCUUCCAAAAGAGCUCUUCAAGAUAGCAGACGACCUGCGAAAACGCCACGCCAAGCAGCUUCCGACUUUCUUUGUGCCCGCCAACGACAGCGAGGCCCAGCUCCGUAUGGCUGCGAUCCAAGCAGAGGUGUUUUCAGUAUCCGGUUUGACCUUUGACGUCAACAAGGGCAACGACACCGCCAGCGAGGAAGAGGUCCUAGACGCCUUGAAGCUGUGUCUCAACAGUGGGCUGUGGAGCUACACUCGCCAACCAGUCCCGCAUCUCCUUCGCCAGCUCCUCGUCAUGUACCUUUCUCAAGGCCGCAUCUACCAAGCUUGGCGAAUCGGUGCUCUCCGCCACUUCCUCAUCUCGCCGACCCUCUACCCAACACCCUUCUACCCAGACCGCGUCAUCGACUGCUGGAUGAUGUCCACCGCGACCAACAGCCUCUGCAAUCCUAACAUCCCCAACCACAAGGAGAUCUUCGACCAAUGCCUCCAGAGCGGCUUCGACCUGCGUAUCAUCUACUUCGGCUUCCUCAUCGAAACCCGCGAGCAAAUCGAGCAAAGCUUCGGAAGAAGCUCACCCUUCGGCCAAGUCGUCGAAAACGUCUUCCAAAAGACCAUGCAAAACACCGACAUCAGCCUGUCAGAGAUCAAAGACAAGGUGAAGGAGACCUGGCCGAAACUCGAAGCCGUAGCCCAAAACGUCGACGUGCUGAAGUUGUAG